AUGCCGCCUAACGAGACCUCGAUUCUCUCCGACUUCCUGCUCUCGUCGGCAUCCAUCCGCGAGGUCUUGUCACUGAAGGAGUUCACCGAGAUCUUUCCCAAGAGCUACCGCACAAACCCAGCGAUCAAAGAGCUGUACGAGGAGCUGCAUCGUACCCGUCAGCAAGACAUCGAGGCCGUACGCCAGAACGUCUCGACAGAAGUGAAGCGCUCAAAGAGAUUGAGGCAGGAGAUGGUAGAACAGCGGAGACAAGACGACCGAGCAGCAGUUGCUGGCCUGGAUCCCGUUGCGCUCGAUGUGGAAAUGGAGCUUUCUGGUACACCCGGGCGCAAAGAAGCCCAUACCCUACAAACAAUCCACCCGGGUAUAGAAGAAGCCUGUGAAGAUAUAGAGCUACAGAUUGCGGAGAUGGAAGGAGACAUUCAGAAAGCCCUCUCGGAAGUCCAGGAGGCUGUCGGAGAGCUUAGCGACCUGCGAUACGGACGGUUCUCUCAAACAGCUACAGGUGAGGACAUAAGUGAUGAGGUCCUCGCCGCGUUAAAGAGACUGGAAGCUUCUUGUACGGACACUACAGGAUAA